AUGAUUGACCACAGUAACAACGUAGUGAGGAGAAUUAAUCCGCAGAAUGGUGAGUUCGACUGGGACGACAGUACUCGCGGCCUCAUCCUGGGUUCGUUCUUCUAUGGGUACGCCUUGACUAAUUUUCUGGGAGGGCGGAUGGCGGAGUAUUUGGGCGGAAAGAUUGUGUUUGGCACAGGCAUCCUUCUUACCGCCAUCCUCACACUCCUCUCUCCCGUAUGUGCCAGGGCCUCCACCACACUCUUCAUCAUUAUCAGAAUUUUACAAGGAUUCACGGAGGGUGUAACUUUUCCGUCAAUGAACUUCAUGCUGGCAUCCUGGGUGCCACAAAAUGAGCGGCCCAAGUUCUCCACUUUGGUGUAUGCUGGAGUGCAGUUCGGGACAGUGGUGACUAUGGCGGCCACCGGUUGGUUGUGUGACUCCGACUUCAUGGGAGGAUGGCCGUCUGUGUUCUACAUUUUUGGCGUUCUGGGUGUUGUAUGGAGCAUCGUGUGGUUCCUGCUGGUGUUCAACCAUCCACAACUUCAUCCUAGAAUAUCUGAAGAGGAACGAGAAUACAUUUUAUACUACUGCGGCAAGAAAAGGGAAAAGGCGUUGCCGCUACCAUGGAAGGCGGUGUUUACAUCCCUGCCAGUAUGGGCCAUAAUCGUGGUCCACUUUGGUAACAACUGGGGCUUCUACACUCUUCUCACUGAGCUUCCUACCUACCUAGACAAAAUCCAACACUUCAACUUGAAGAGCAAUGGACUGUUGUCUGCUCUUCCUUAUCUGGUUAUGUGGAUCUUCAGCCUGGUGUAUUGCAGCAUUGUUGACAGGCUCCUCGCUGCUAGCAAGGUCUCUAACCUGGCCGUCAGAAGGGUCUCCAUGAGCAUCGGUAUAUUCGGGCCAAUGCUUGGUCUCAUUGCCAUGUGUUUCGUCAACUGCGACGAGAAGCUGGCUAUGGGAGUAUUGUGUGUGGCAGUCGGGCUCAACGGGGCCGUCUACAGCGGCUAUAUGUCCUCCCAUCAGGACCUCUCCCCUAACUUAGCAGGUUCCCUCUUAGGCCUCACCAACACAGUGGCAACUAUACCUGGAUUCGUCUCACCAGUGGUCACCGGCAGCAUUACUGAGGGCAACGAAACAGUGAGUGCCUGGAGGACCGUCUUCCUCAUCUCGGCAGGAACGUAUCUGGUCACAAACAUCUUCUAUUUGGUCUUCAUCUCUGCUGACGUCCAGCCGUGGAAUGAACAACAGCCCAAAAAGGUCCCGGACCAGAAUUACGAACCCCGUAGUGUGGUCCUGGAACAGGAGGAUGCUAAAUUAAGUGACAAUGUAAGACACAAAAUUACUGCCAAGCUCAAGAAAACUGAAGAACCAUUAAUUAAGUAA